AUGCGUCUGACGCUUUUACUGGCUAUAUGUGGCAUAGCAUUGGCCAAACAUCAUAAGCGGAGAGUUCCAAUCAUUGACCUACAUGGAGCCGACCAGUUGGUGGCGAACAUUCGCGAGGACGAGAACGUUCUCACCACCGUGCCGGAUCUUUCCAUCGUUGCCGAAACAGGUCCUGUUUGCAAGUACCUGCUGACUUCAUCGGACAAAGAGGUACCGUUUGAAGUGCAGGUCAUCGAUCAAUUCACUGGAGCAGCCGUCAUCAGGGUGAAGGAUGCAUCCACACUGGAUUGCCGGAAGAAUCAGUACGACCUGCAAGUGGUCGCCGUUCGAUGUGAGGACGACAGUAUCCGCAGCGAACCGGUUCUACUGAAAGUAUCGGUGAAGGACACAAACAACCAUUCACCUGAAUUCGACAGCCCAUGGUACACAUUCACCGUCGAUGAAGGGAAAGUCCAUGAUGAAAUUGCCGUACUGAAAGCCACUGAUGCCGACUGUGGUAACCCCUACGGGCAGAUUUGCGAUUUCGAAAUCGCCAAUGGUCUCAACGAUUUCCCAUUUUCCAUAAAUAACCAGGGAGUCUUGCGGAAUACCAAGCCGCUAAACUACACAGCCGCGAAAUCUUACAUUCUUACGGUAGUGGCAAUUGAUUGCGGAAUGAGACGAAGCAAAAGUGCUCUGGUUACGGUAAAUGUGAAGGAGACCUGUGUUCAGGGUCAUACCGGCAUCACAGACAGGCUCAGCUACAUGGCCGGAAAUGGACCAAAACUCGUACUGCCGAAUGUGCAAGCUCACAUUUGUGCACAGAAAUCGGCUUGUGACGUAAAGAGUGUUCACUCAACGGUUAAGCUCCAAGCAGGUCAUGUCACUGAAGGGUGCUCAAGGGACACACUGUUUACUAACGAGACCUUCGAAAGUUGCGGACUUUCUUCGGCCACAGUCUCUCUGCUUCCGUCCAAGUCAGUCUUUGAAGAAGAAUCCUCUCCAGCAGAUGUUACCUUUGAUGGUGCCACCAAUGCGAUCAUCGUGUCCAAAGAUACUGUACCCAAUCUCGUACCGGACAAGUUCUCGCUAACCUUCUCCAUGAAACACGCUCGUGGAACGAAAGACGAUCAGAAGAACAAGAAGAACAUUCUGUGCGAAUCAGAUGAAGAAGGUAAUUGA